GAUGACGCGCGGCCCGCGCUUCCGCGUCGGGAGCCGGCGGCGGAUCCCGGGACGCGGAGACCCGGGGUCCCGGCAGCGGGGCGGCCCGCGGGCCCGGGGCUGGGAUGCAUCGCCGCGGGGUGGGAGCCGGCGCCAUCGCCAAGAAGAAGCUGGCCGAGGCCAAGUACAAGGAGCGAGGAACUGUCUUGGCUGAGGACCAGCUGGCCCAGAUGUCAAAGCAGUUGGACAUGUUCAAGACCAACCUGGAGGAAUUUGCCAGCAAGCAUAAGCAGGAGAUCCGGAAGAAUCCAGAAUUCCGGGUGCAGUUCCAGGACAUGUGCGCCACCAUCGGGGUGGAUCCUCUGGCCUCUGGAAAAGGAUUUUGGUCUGAGAUGCUGGGCGUGGGAGAUUUCUAUUAUGAGCUGGGUGUUCAGAUCAUCGAAGUGUGCCUGGCCCUGAAGCACCGGAAUGGAGGUCUGAUAACUCUGGAGGAACUACGUCAGCAGGUGUUAAAAGGAAGGGGCAAAUUCGCACAGGAUGUCAGCCAAGACGACCUUAUCAGGGCCAUCAAGAAGCUGAAGGCGCUCGGCACUGGCUUUGGCAUCAUCCCCGUGGGUGGCACCUACCUCAUUCAGUCUGUUCCGGCUGAGCUCAAUAUGGACCACACGGUGGUACUGCAGCUGGCGGAGAAAAAUGGCUACGUGACCGUCAGCGAUAUCAAAGCCAGUCUUAAAUGGGAGACCGAGCGAGCGCGGCAAGUGCUGGAACACCUGCUGAAGGAAGGGCUGGCCUGGCUGGACCUACAGGCCCCCGGGGAGGCCCACUACUGGCUGCCCGCUCUUUUCACGGACCUCUACUCCCAGGAGAUUACAGCCGAGGAGGCCAGAGAAGCCCUCCCCUGACUCUGGGAGCGCCCGGGGGGGUGGGGGCCCAGCAGCUGGCAGGGAGAGGAGGGGAGAGCGGUUGGCGAAUAAAACCCGAACAACUUUG